UGAUUUUCGAGAAAACAAAAAUUAUCCUCUCUCCCCUAUUUUUAUUUAUUUCGCAAUACUUCUUUUAAGUGUAAAAAAUAUAAAACAAGAAAUAAUUUAUCGUCUAAUGUUUACCGAUAAGAGUUAUGUUAAGAAGAAAAAUUCGCAGCUUUUGUUAUAAAGUGGACAGAUUAAUUCAUAAAAUGAGUGCUCCUAACGCGAAGCCCUUCACUGUUCUCGUGGAGGGUAACAUUGGAAGCGGCAAAACGACUUUUCUGGAACAUUUUCAACAAUUUGAAGAUAUAACUCUGCUUACGGAGCCAGUGGAGGAAUGGCGCAACCUUAGGGGAUGGAAUCUUUUGGAUCUCAUGUACAAAGACCCAUCAAAAUGGGCGAUGACAUUCCAAGCGUAUGUGUCAAUGACAAUGUUGGACAUGCACCGACGGCCGACCUCUACGCCGGUGAAGCUGAUGGAGAGGUCGCUGUACAGCGCCAGGUACUGCUUCGUGGAGCACAUGAUGAGGCAAGGAACCCUGCAUCCAGCACAGUUUGCAGUUCUAGAUGAGUGGUUCAGAUUUAUACAAAGGGAAAUACCAAUUGAAGCUGACUUGAUUGUGUAUCUCAAAACAACCCCAUCAGUUGUUUACGAGAGGAUAAAGAGGAGAGCAAGGUCGGAGGAGCAAUGUGUGCCGCUGUCCUACAUCGAGGAGCUGCACCAGCUGCAUGAGGAGUGGCUGGUCAGCAGGACAUUUGCUGAGUGCCCUGCACCUGUGCUCAUGAUAGACGCUGAUUUGGACCUGACCCAAAUAACCGAGGAGUACAAAAAGAGUGAACACCAAAUCCUCAGGCGUGCAGUGAACGUGGUCAUGCAGUCGCCCAACAAACUCUCACCAAAGAAAGCAAUCACCGGCUCUGCUAUCAAGAUAGCACCGCGGUUAACUCUAUAACAGAUCAGUAUUUCAUUAGUUUAAGGCGUACACACUUUUGACAUGUCACUAGCUACAAUUGUGUAGAAAAUUUAACAUCACUGUUUACAGUCUGUUUGAUAAAAUACUAUUAUUUUCUAAUGGUCUAAGAUAUGAAUUUGAAACAAUCUUCAUCCAUCCGUUUAAGGUAUCAAAGUGUCUUAAAUCGAUUAUAAUAUGUUAAAAAAAUAUAUUCUUAUUAGAUCUAAAAACUUCUGGGUGAACUAUUUAAACCAUAAUUAACUAUUUAUUAAUGAUAGUUUGACUAGGAUUAUUUAGCAAGUCUAACUCUCAAUUUAUUUUCUACAUCUAGCAUACUUUCUAUACAUUUUUAGGCAUUUUAUGAAAGUGCAGCAAAAAAAAUAGCCCAAAUGCCAUUUGGAGCGAUAGCUAAUAUGGCACUAAAGUUGUAGGAUGACUCAGAACCAAUUUGAGCAGGUUCAAUGACUCGUUAUUUCCAUACAUUUUAUUGAGUUUCAAAAGUGCCACAAAUGACUAGUUGUAAAGCUUAAAAAAAGGGCCAGAAAUGAAUGAUCCCCAAUUAUUUAAAACAGUCCCACACAGAUAGUAGAAGAUUGUUUCUAAUUCUGAUCUUAUACUAUAAGCAAAUAAGUAUAUAGUAUUCUUCAGUUAUAAAGAAGUAUAUGUCAUAUGACAUGAAUAUAUGGAAGGGUAAUAUAUAAAUAAAUAAAUAAAAAUAUUUUUUUCAUUUAAACAUUGUAAUAAAAUUUAAAUAAACGAAAUAUCACAUGCAGAGUUACAGUAAUAGUAUUUUAUGAAACUGGUGGCUUGUAAUCAAUUUGCUUGAGUCAUAAUGUGAUUCUUUGCUUUUUUAAUUUAUAGGUAGGUGCAUAUUGCAUCCUUCACAGAUAUGAUUUUAAUAUUUUAUGUGUAUGUGCAUAACAAACCCAGUAAUUUUAAUGUGAAUUUCAAAAAUUUUGAACAUUUAUAAUUGCUGAAUUUAUUGAUGUUGAUAUUUAUUUGAAUAAAAAUACUUUUGUAAUAAUAUAAUGCUACAGAUUAUUACUAUACACUUGUAUAAAAAAAUCUGUCAAAUACUUUUGAACUUUUUGAAAAUUCUAUCAUUUUAUGGUAGUCCAUGUACAGGGAUUUAUUCGAGCGUCUUGAGGGCCAGUUAGAUUUGUUAGAUAAGAUGAUAUGAAGAAUAAUAUGAUCUGAUGACCCACCAUACCUUAAUUUGACACAUAAUUAAUUUGUUUCAAAUAGGCUAAGUUUAUAUAAUUUUUGUAACGUUGGGGUUUGUGUGUUUGCAGUAAAUAAUGGCUCUACCAGUAUUUCUGAUGAUAGAUUUUUUCACUAAUCUGAUGGGUUGACUUCGGGCAAUAACAUAGGUAGGUAUUAGAAGCACUCAACAACAAGGUCCCUUGUGUUUAUAUGCUGCGCUCGAAUAAAUCCCAGAAUCCUCUAUUGGGCUCCCCCACUGUUACAGUUAUUAUCAGUUUUCAAAACUGGUCUACGGUGGAAAAAGGUGGAAAAAAAAUUCAAUUUUAUAAAAUUGAAAAUUAUCUGAUAUGUUUGAGUAGGAUUUUUCUACCUUCAACUACCAAAUUGAACCAAGUUCAGAAAUUCUAUUUACACCAGAAAUAACAAAAAUUUAAGUAAUAAUAAAAUAGUUAUUAAAUAAGUUAAGACAUUAUGUAAUAUUAAUAUGGUAUAUUAUGGUACAUGAUUUGUAUUUAAUAAAUUAAUGCAAAAUUGAUACCAAUUGAAAUUGUACUGGUACCAAUAGUAAUUCCAAACUAUUGUCAUACUUCUUACAUAUUUCUUGAUAAAAUUAGUUUAUAAAAAAACCUGAGUAGAGUAGAUUGAAUAUAUUUUUUCCUUAAUUGCAUUUAAUAUUCUAUGUUUUGCAUACAAUAUUUUUGAUAGGUUGUUUGAUAAUUGUGUGGAAUAUACUUUUAUUGCUAACUAGUUAAUUACUUACAAAAUCCUUAAUUCAUCUUGUGGUAUAAAUUGUUCCCUUUUGUCAAAAUUUUUUUUUCUACAAAUACUUUUGUUUUUUUUUAUUAUCAUAUAAAUGUAAUUAAGUUGAUACUACAAAAUUUUGUGGAAAAAAACUAAAAGAGAGAUUUCUUUUAUAUCUGUCGUUACUAUAUGCAAAUACUGCUUUUUAAAAAAUACCUGUCUGACAAGAUCUCCAAAGGGAUGAUUACAAAACUGUAUUCCUGGUUCUGUGUUGUUGUUUAACUUGUUAGUUAACAUAAACAUAAAUUAUUGUAAAUCUGAAAUUGUACAAAAAUAUUGUUAAUAUUGGCUAUUUUAAGGAUGGAUGGCUGGUCCAAAAUUAUAUUUAUGAAUCUCUGAUAAUAAAGAUGACAAAUAAAUACCAGUGAAAAAACAAGUACUUUCAUACGAUACGCAUAUUUAAUAAAAGAAUAUUCCAUGUACAUAA